CCACAUCCGCUCUCGUCGCAACCCCGACCCUCCUUGCACUUCUGCUCGCUCGCCGCUUCGCUGCUCCACCAGCCCUCGCCGCGCCUGCCCAUGUGCCAGUAGCAGCCCACCGCACCUUCCGCGGCGUCCACCUCCGACACGCCGCCCUCACCAUGGCUUCCUCACACCCGCCCUCGCGCUGGCGCACAGCACUGCUGGGCGGGCUCGUUGCCACCGUCGCAUGGCUUCCCAGCAUAAUGGCGGCCGAAAAGACGCAGGCCGACUACUUUGUCCACUCGCUGCCCGGCGCGCCCCAGCCGCUGCUCAAGAUGCACGCAGGCCACAUCGAAGUCGACCCCCGGAACAACGGCAACCUCUUCUUCUGGCACUACGAGAACCGCCACAUCGCCGACAAGCAGCGCACCGUGCUAUGGCUGAACGGCGGCCCCGGCUGCUCCUCCAUGGACGGCGCCCUGAUGGAGGUCGGCCCCUACAGAGUCCGCGAGGGUGGCCACCUGGAGUACAACAACGGCUCGUGGGACGAGUUUGCCAACCUGCUCUUCGUAGACCAGCCUGUAGGCACUGGCUUCAGCUACGUCAACACGGACAGCUACCUCAGCGAACUCGACCAGAUGGCCGACCACAUGGUCAUCUUCCUCGAAAAGUUCUUCGCCCUGUUCCCGGAGUAUGAAAAUGAUGAUCUGUACAUUGCCGGAGAAUCGUAUGCUGGACAACACAUUCCGUACAUUGCUCGCGCCAUCCUCAACCGCAACAAGCAGAACCCCGCCAAGAGCCCAUGGCCGCUCAAGGGUCUCUUGAUUGGAAACGGCUGGAUUUCGCCCGUCGACCAAUACCUUUCCUACAUACCUUUUGCCUACCAGAACGGUCUUUUGCAGGGCGACUCGGAAAUGGCUACGCGCGUCGAAAGCCAGCAGAAGAUUUGCACAGACAAGCUCAGUGAAGGCGGCAUGGACAGGAUCGAUACCGGCGAUUGCGAACAAAUCAUGGUGCGCAUUCUCGAGGAGACCAAGAACAAGAAUGCGGACAAGAUGCACCAGUGUGUCAACAUGUACGACAUUCGUCUGCGCGACGACUCCUCUUGUGGAAUGAACUGGCCUCCGGACCUGGCCAACGUCACUCCCUAUCUCCGCCGAGCCGAUGUCAUCCAGGCGCUGCACAUCAACCCCGACAAAAAGACUGGCUGGCAGGAGUGCAAUGGUGCUGUCUCUGGCCACUUCCGUGCCAAGAACAGCCAGCCUUCUGUUACGUUCCUGCCCGAGCUCAUUGAGCAGGUUCCCGUUCUGCUUUUCUCGGGCGACAAGGAUCUCAUUUGCAACCACGUCGGCACGGAAGCCAUGAUUGAGAGGCUUCAGUGGAAUGGCGGAAAGGGCUUCGAAGCCAGUCCCGGGGUCCAGAACGCCAAGCAGGACUGGAUGUUUGAAGGGGAGCCUGCUGGAACUUGGCAAGAAGCGCGCAACCUGACCUAUGUCGUCUUCUACAACUCGAGCCACAUGGUUCCAUUCGACUACCCACGACGCACCCGAGACAUGCUUGACCGUUUCUUGGGCGUCAACAUUGAAGCCAUUGGCGGAACUCCCGCCGACAGCCUUAUCGAUGGUGAAAAGGGACCCCUGACCAGCGUUGGCGACCACCCCAACUCGACAAAGGCCGAGGAAGACAAGACCAAGGAGCUCAAGGCAGCCGAGUGGAAGGCUUACAAACGCUCGGGCGAAACGGCUCUCGUCGUUGCUGUCAUUGGCGCUUGUCUCUGCGGAUACCUUCUUUGGCGGAGUCGCCGGAAGAAUUCCCAAUACAAAGGGCUCGAUGGCGGCGACGAAGGCCGAGAAUCCCUUCUCACCGGCAUGGGCCUUGACAACUUCCGACGACGAGACCGCAGACCAGACAUUGAGGCGGCGGAUUUUGACGAGAGGGAACUCGACGAUCUAGAAGGCGCACGCAAGAAGAGGCCUGGAAAUGGCUAUUCGGAAAAGGGCCGGGAGCCACACAAUGACUCUACAUUUUCCUUGGGCGUUGACAGUGACGACGAGGCGGGCUCGAGUGACACUGGUAGGAAAAAGUAAGGGUCCUUCCGUUGGGAAAAUUGGUGUCUAGAAGGCGCGCUCACAGUACUACUACUCGGACUUGUUAAUUUUCCAGCGUUCUGUAUACGUAGGUGCAGAGAUCAGAUAGACUUGUGGAUAUAGGAAAGGCAACAUUUGCAUUGUCGGCGUUAUUAUUCCGCGUUGAAUAGGAACAAAGGGCGCGUAUCUUAGUUUUGGGUAUUAGAAUUGUUCAAUGCUCGUUUCCAAUGGAUAUUGGAUCAUCAAGUAACACAUGCAUUUUUUUUUAAAAAAAAAUAAAUCAAAUAUCU